GAAGUGCUGCUACAGUUUUGUUUGAGCUUAUGCUUGGGCUUCUGGAUUAUUUGUGACUUCUGCACUAAUUCUUCAAGAUCGAAAUCAGGUAACGCAUGAAUUUUGGUAGUUUUGAUUCUAGCGAAGAGUUUGAUUCUCCUCUCACCCUUUCUGAUUUAGAUUUAAGUCCUCUUAAGGAGGUUAGUGAAAGUUACGAAAUUAAAGAAAUGUCUUCUAAGGAAACAUUAAGUAUUGAAGGAAGCGAGGAAGUGAGGGCUUUGGAGUAUGGUAGUGAAGGUAUGGAGAGUGGGUCAUCUGGGUUGGAGAGAACCGAGGAUGAGGUCAGUGGGAAAGAGAUUAUUAAGGGUGGAGAAGAAGGAAUGCCCUUGAAUAUUUUGAAAAUUGAGGGUAAGGGCAAUAGGUGUUAUAAUGUAGAGGUAGACAUUGUUUCUAAAGUGAAGGGGUAUAAGACUGAGUUAGGUACGAGGGAUAGCCUCAUUCACUUAGUUGAGAAUUAUGACCUUCCUCCUCAAGUGUUACUUAGGCCUAUCGGGGUAGAGGAAAAGGCAUGUUCUGCACCUCGGGAUCAUUGGAUGCCCAUGUAUACUCAUUACUUAACAGCUAGGCUUAGUGUAGGACCUUCAUCCAUUAAAGGAUGGAAGGAAAAGUUUUUCUUUGUUGAUGACACGAAGUGGGAAAGGAGGGAUGUAGAGGUAGAAUUUUUAUCUAGCUGGAAGGCUAAAAAGGCCAACCAGAAUAAGUAUAGCUUAAAUAGUGAUGAGGAGGAAGAGGUUGAAAAGCUGGUGAGGGAGGGAGGUGACAUUUUGGAUAUUAUGUAUCUCACCAGCUUAGAUGUUAUAGAUGCUGCUAAGCUCUAUGAACCAAGUUCGUUGAGUGAAGUCGAGAUGGAGAGAUUUUUGUGUGCAAUUGGAGGAUUGGCCAUUCCUAAGAAACCAAGGAAGAAGUCAAAGAUUUCAGAUGUUGCAAGUAAGGGAAGAACUUGAGAGAAAGAAAGGGAGCAGCUCUCUAGUUCCUUAGCCCAAGCUACGGUAAAUGAGCCACGGCUAGAGCUUAAACGUAAGGGAAGUGAAGACUUGGAGCCGACUCAAAAGAAGAAGAAGAGAGUAGAGGAGAUAGAGGUUAGAGGAGAUGAGGUGGUGGAGUUUGUACCUGGCAAGAGACUUGGAAGCUCUUUUUUGAAUUUCAAUAUACAUUAGAUGCUCAA